AUGGGCGGCAGCGGCAGCAAAAGUGCCGAGACGUCUAGCAGUACGCAGCAAGCGCCGUCCAAAGCCGCCUCUGUGAAGGACGAGGUGCUGGGCCUCGUGCUGGACGGCUUGAUGCUCUACACCAUCUACCAAACGUCCAAGUACCUCUACAAGCAAGCGAAGCCCAUGCUCGACGACUGGAACAAGGGUCAGGACAGUCAAGCCAAGCUGAAGAAUCGCCUGCAGCGCACUGGACGCCGUGCCUUCAGCACCAACUACUUUGAGAACGUCAUUGCUGGCGACAUCGUGGACCCACAAGACAUUGACGUGUCGUUUGACGACAUUGGCGGUCUAGAGCGCCAAAAGCGCGACAUCCACGAUCUCGUAGUGCUGCCGCUGCGAAGUCCCGAGUUCUUUGCGUCUCGUGGGACCCUGCUCACAGUUCCCAAAGGCAUUUUACUUUAUGGAAAACCCGGCACUGGUAAGACCAUGUUGGCAAAGGCUAUUGCGAAAGAGUCUGGUGCUUUUUUCAUUAAUCUCAAGAUUAGUACUAUCAUGAGCAAGUGGUUUGGCGAAUCGCAGAAGCUCGUGCGCGCUGCAUUUACGCUCGCUCGGAAGUUGGCACCGUGUAUCAUUUUUAUUGAUGAAGUGGACUCGUUCAUGGGAAUCCGAGGUGGCGUAUCUGACCCGACGUUUUCAUCAAUGAAAACGGAAUUCUUGGCAUUGUGGGAUGGUUUUACUGAAAUGAGCAACGAGAAUGAUGGUGGUUUUGGUGUCAUUAUUAUGGGUGCGACAAACCGUCCUGGUGACGUGGACCCAGCCUUUCUUCGCCGCAUGCCUCGCACGUUUGAGAUUGGACUACCUAACCGACCACAGCGUGAAAAGAUACUUCGGCUGCAGCUUAAGACGGAGCAAGUAGACGACGAAUUUGAUUUCAACAAGCUCGCCAUUGACACUGUAUAUUAUAGUGGUAGUGAUUUAAAGGAGUUGUGUCGCGCCGCCUUAAUGAUUCCACUUCGUGAACAUAUUGACAAUUGCCGUGCGGCAACAGAAGAAGCUGCAAAGGGUCGACAUGCUGAAGACGAAAAGCCCCAGAUUUACGAUGAAGCUGCUCGGCCCGAGCCCCCUGCAAUGCGUCCACUGUUGAUGGUUGACUUUGACGAAGCAAGAACAAUGGUGCAACCAACAGGUGCGACAGCAUAUGCGUACGAAAACGGGCACGAGAAAAAGCCCUCUCGGCAAGCGUCCACCGACCCCGGGAUAUCCAUCGACCCGGACAUGUUCGCGGCGGUUAUGGCUGCAGGACUGCAGAGCUUAAUGCAGCAGAGUCAUAACGUCACACCGGCUCACGAUUAG